ACAGCGUCCGCACUGGUUCUGUCAGUCAGCUGAGGUAGGUGGGGUCACAAAGAGCCAAGAUGGCUGACUUUGAGGACCCGCUGUCAGAUGAGGAGAAGGUCCGCAUAGCGGCCAACUUUGUGACUCAUGCCCCCCCUGGAGAGUUCAAUGAGGUCUUCAAUGAUGUCCGGCUUCUUCUCAACAAUGACAGCCUCCUCAGGGAGGGGGCUUCACACUCCUUUGCCCAGUACAACAUGGAUCAGUUUACUCCUGCCAAAUUAGAGGGCUAUGAGGAGCCGGUCCUGAUUACUGAGCAUGGUGACUUGGGUCAGGGACGUUUCCUGGACCCCCGCAAUCGCUUAUCGUUCCGCUUUGACCACCUCAGAAAAGAAGUGAGUGAUGUGCAGCCGUAUGAGGGAGAGAUGGCCCUGAGAGGCUGGAGGGAUUCCUGCGAUACUGCCCUUACUGCAUACGUCAAAGAGCACUACCCUACUGGAGUCAGCACGGUAUAUGGGAAAACAGUUGAUGGUCAGCAAACAAUCAUAGCCUGCAUUGAGGGACAUCAGUUUCAACCCAAAAACUUCUGGAAUGGUCGCUGCAGGUCAGAGUGGAAGCUUACACUUGGUCAGUCCACUGCUCAGGUGGUAGGAGUAUUAAAAAUCCAGGUGCACUAUUAUGAAGAUGGGAAUGUGCAGCUGGUUAGCCAUAAGGAAGUAGAGGAAUCAAUACCAGUAACUAAUGAAAGCCAGACAGCUAAGGAAUUUGUUGACAUUAUUGAGAACGCAGAAAACGACUACCAGACUGCAAUCAGUGAGAACUACCAGACCAUGUCUGACACCACCUUUAAGGCACUGCGUCGCCAGCUGCCUGUCACACGCAUGAAGAUCGACUGGAAUAAGAUUCUAAGUUACAAAAUUGGCAAGGAGAUGCAGAAUGCCUAGUGGAGAGUCAGGGACUGACCAGGGAGAUGCAAGCUCCCAUGGGCCCACAACCUACUUAUACAUGUGCAAAGACUAACCAAAGCAAAACUGUAUCAACAUGGGGCAAGGAAUUAAAAAAAAAAAAAAUAGAAAGAAAAAGAAGUAACUGAGGAUUUGCAGACUGUUUGGCACAGUUAUCUCUCUGCUGGAAGGAAAGUGCAGUUAUAAUCAUGGCUUGGAGAAGGUGGUUACUUUUGGAUGUGUGGUUGUGAAAGAGCUGUGUUUGGACGGCAUGCAGGGCUGUGUUCAGGACUGCCGCAUUAGAGAAGUAAACAUCCUUCAGCCAUCUAAGGAAUCGCAAACCUCCCUAGAUUCAGGCGCGGAAAGUUACAAUAUUUUUUUCUUAGUGAAACUGAUGCAGAACUGUGAUCAUGUCACAGUUCCCGGCAAACGGGGAAAGAACCAAGACGCACAAGGCAACAGAUGAGAGAAUUUAAGCACACUAUCACAUAUCAGGGUUUGAUUUUGGAAAAAAUCUGAAUUUUUGGAAAAUUUUUGUCACGUUGUGGUUGUUACAUUUGGAAUUGGAAAUCAGGUACAUCGGUAAAAGGAGAUUAACAGAAAAAUGAAUAGCAGACAUUGUUCAAAGUAUUGCUGAACUGACGUGGAACUUAGUUACACGUUGUUAACUAAACUGACAGCAUAUCUACUUGUUAACAUUUAGGAGUAGCACAAGCCUUAGCAUAGCUCUGUUCCUGCACCUGCAUGUUUGUCAGUGUCUGUUAGGGCUGAGGGAAUGCUUACUUGUUUUCUGUUGUGCUCUACUGACGUACGGUCUCUCCACCCAUGCAAGCUAUGAUGACUGAAACAAGAUAAAGCAACUUGUACGCUGCUACAUCUAUAAUGUGUUCUCUGUUCUCUUACUUUGGCAACACCUCCAUUGCUGUACAGCUUUUCCUUUGUAAAAAGGAAAACAUACUCAUAUUAACCAAGAUUUAUUUGCCAAAAUCUCUUUCCUAUGGUAAAGAACUCCAUCCUCCCACCCAUGUAUGCAAAUUUCUAUUUUAAUACGCUGGUUUUUGUUGGAGUCUUAGAAUAGUGCACUCUUUACUGUAACAAACUGUUUGUGUAUUGAUCAACGCCAAGUGAACGCAAAGCAGUUGCCAUGGAAGGCAAGAUCAUAUACUGUAUAUGUUACAUGACUUCUGUAAGGCCACAUCAUACUCUACGUGUUACGUGACUUCUAAGUAGGCUAACUCUGAAUGAGUUACUCUGUGCUGUGUUCAACCCUCACAAUAUAAUACAACUGUGUGCCGAUCAGUAAUAAAGUUCAAGACUGUACUGCCCCAUCCUGUUCAAAUAAAUGGAUUGGACAUCUUG